CACUCGUGUCCCUCCCUCUCUCUCUCUCUCUCUGUAGCACGGGCUGCGUGACUGCCGCUCCACUCUUCUCUUCUCUUCUCUUCUCCUGACGGCGGACCCGCGCGUGUAGGGAAGCAGGGACUGGGGGAGAGAGAGUGUCCAUCGCUCCGCUCGUAGCGUGGGGCUCGGUGCAUCAGCAGGAGCGGGCGGCACACUGAGGACUGGUCACUCUGCAGACUAGAGGAAAGGAGAGGAAAGGAGAGCAAGAGGAGAGGAGAGCAAAGGAGAGCAGGAGAGGAGAGGAGAGGAGAGAGGAGAGCGAGGAUGAUUAACAACCUGAACGAGUGUGAGGAGGGAGAAGGGGGAGCUAACAGCCAGGGUGAUGGGAAUCCCAAGGAGAGCAGCCCCUUCAUCAACAGCAGCGACCCUGAGAAGGCCCAGCAGUAUGAGGGCAAGAACAUGGCCCUGUUUGAGGAGGAGAUGGACACUAGCCCCAUGGUGUCGUCGCUGCUCAGUAGUCUGGCCAACUACUCCAACCUGACGCAGGGCAGCAAGGAGCACGAGGAGGCCGAGAACAACGAGGAGUCCCGCAAGAAGCCUACCCCUCAGGCUCCUCGUAUGGGCACGCUGAUGGGGGUGUACCUGCCCUGCCUGCAGAACAUCCUGGGGGUCAUCCUCUUCCUCAGGAUGACCUGGAUCGUGGGCAUCGGAGGGGUCAUCGAGAGCUUCAUCAUCGUCGCCAUGUGCUGCUCCACGACCAUGCUGACUGCCAUCUCUAUGAGUGCCAUCGCUACCAACGGUGUGGUGCCAGCGGGCGGCUCAUACUACAUGAUCUCGCGUUCCCUGGGUCCUGAGUUUGGUGGGGCAGUGGGCAUCUGUUUCUACCUGGGCACCACCUUCGCUGGAGCCAUGUACAUCCUGGGCUGCAUCGAGAUCUUGCUGGUGUACAUCGUGCCGCAGAUAGCCAUCUUUAAGAUGGAGGGUCUGGAGGGGCCGGAGGCCGAGGCGGCCAUGUUGAACAACAUGCGCGUGUACGGCACCGUGGUGCUGAGCUUCAUGGCCCUGGUGGUGUUUGUGGGCGUCAAGUACGUCAACAAGCUGGCGCUGGUCUUCCUGGCCUGCGUCAUCCUGUCCAUCAUCGCCGUCUACGCCGGGGUCAUCAAAACCGCCAUCGACCCGCCCGAUUUCCCGGUGUGUGUGCUGGGCAACCGUACGCUGGUGUGGAAGGGCUUCGACGUGUGUGCUAAGAUGGUGGAGCGGGACAACGGCACCGUCACCACCCAGCUGUGGAGGCUCUUCUGCGACUCCAACCUGCUCAACGCCACCUGCGACGAGUACUUUGUCAACAACAACAUCAGCGUCAUCCAGGGAAUCCCAGGCGUCGCCAGCGGAGCCCUGUGGGAGAACCUGUUUGGGAACUACCUGGAGAAGGGCGUGUUCAUUGAGAAACUGGGCUUGUCCAACAUCCCGGAGGUAGAGCCGAACACCAAGCCCAGCAGUCGCUACCUGCUGUCGGACAUGUCGUCCUUCUUCACCCUGCUGGUGGGGAUCUACUUCCCAUCCGUCACAGGUAUCAUGGCGGGUUCUAACCGGUCAGGUGAUCUGCGUGAUGCUCAGAAGUCCAUUCCUAUUGGCACAAUCCUGGCCAUCACCACCACCUCCAUCAUCUACAUGUCCAGUGUGGUCCUCUUCGGUGCGUGCAUCGACGGGACGGUGCUGCGAGACAAGUUCGGAGAGGCGGUGCGGGGGAACCUGGUCAUUGGAACGUUGGCGUGGCCGUCGCCGUGGGUGAUCGUGUUCGGCUCGUUCUUCUCCACCUGUGGUGCAGGGCUGCAGAGCUUGACUGGCGCGCCGCGUCUCAUGCAGGCCAUCGCCCGCGACGGCAUAGUGCCCUUCCUUAGGGUGUUUGGUCAUGGGAAGGCUAAUGGCGAGCCCACCUGGGCACUGCUCCUGACCGCCUGCAUUUGUGAGAUCGGCAUCCUCAUCGCGUCCCUCGACGCCGUCGCUCCCAUCCUCUCCAUGUUCUUUCUGAUGUGCUACAUGUUUGUGAACUUGGCCUGUGCCUUACAAACUCUACUAAGGACCCCUAACUGGAGACCCCGCUUCAAGUUCUACCAUUGGGCGCUGUCGUUCCUGGGGAUGAGUUUGUGCCUCUCCCUCAUGUUCAUCUGCUCCUGGUACUACGCCAUCGUUGCCAUGGUGAUCGCCGGCUGUAUCUACAAGUAUAUCGAGUUCCGCGGGGCGGAGAAGGAGUGGGGUGAUGGGAUACGUGGGAUUUCCCUCAGCGCCGCCCGAUUCGCUCUCAUGAGGCUGGAGGAGGGGCCUCCUCACACCAAAAACUGGAGGCCUCAGAUCCUGGUGCUGGUGAGCAUGGACGGGGAGCUGAACGUGGAGCAGCCACGCCUCCUGUCCCUGACCAAUCAGCUGAAGGCAGGGAAGGGCCUGACCAUCGUGGGCACGGGGCUGACGGGCACCUACCUGGACAACUUCGCCCAGGGCCAGCAGGCCGAGCAGGCCCUGAACAAGCUGAUGGAGACGGAGAAGGUGAAGGGCUUCAGCCAGGUGGUGAUCUCCUCCAACCUGCGCGACGCCACCUCCCACCUGCUGCAGGCCGGGGGUCUCGGGGGAAUGAAGCACAACACCGUGCUGGUCAGCUGGCCCAGGAACUGGAAGCAGGCCGAGGACCACUCCACCUGGAGGAACUUCAUCGAGUUGGUCAGAGAGACCACAGCUGCCAGCCUGGCACUGAUGGUGCCCAAGAACAUUGCAGCAUUCCCAUCUAACGGCGAGCGCUUCACAGAGGGCCACAUCGACGUCUGGUGGAUCGUCCACGACGGAGGCAUGCUGAUGCUCCUGCCCUUCCUCCUCAGGCAGCACAAGGUUUGGAGGAAGUGUAAGAUGCGCAUCUUCACCGUGGCUCAGAUGGACGACAACAGCAUUCAGAUGAAGAAGGACCUGACCACUUUCCUCUACCACCUGCGUAUUGAGGCCCAGGUCGAAGUCGUGGAAAUGCAAGACAGUGACAUCACAGCCUACACCUAUGAGAAGACUCUAAUGAUGGAGCAGCGCUCUCAAAUCCUCAAACAGAUCAAUCUCACCAAGACGGAGCGGGAGCGCGAGAUCCAGAGCAUCACGGACAGCUCCCGUGGGUCCAUCCGCCGUAAGACCCCGGCACCGGCGCCCGCGCAGCUGAGCGUGAGCGAGGAGCAGCCCGGCGGCAGCAAGGAGGAGAAGCCCGAGGAGGAGGAGCAGCUCAUCCACGACCAGAGCACCAACCCCCCCACCCCGGCCACCCCCCAGUCCCCCGCCACCGAGAGCAUCGAGACCCCCGGGGAGGCCCAGAGGACCUGGACCGACCCCAAGUGCCCCGCCGACGGCGAGCCCCCCAAACCCCCCACUGGGGCCACCCCCGAGGGCAUUAAGGACCUCUUCAGCAUGAAGCCGGAGUGGGAGAACCUGAACCAGUUCAACGUGCGCCGCAUGCACACCGCCCUGCGGCUCAACAACGUGAUCGUGAAGAAGUCCUCGGAGGCCAAGCUGGUCCUGCUCAACAUGCCCGGCCCGCCCAAGAACAGGAGCGGCGACGAGAACUACAUGGAGUUCCUGGAGGUGCUGACUGAGGGACUGAACCGAGUGCUGCUGGUUCGUGGCGGAGGACGGGAGGUCAUCACCAUCUACUCCUGAGAUGCCUGCCCACCAACACCCCACUCCUUUAACCCCACCCCCAACCCCUCACCUGUCCAAUCAGCUCCCUGCCCUCUGGCUCCACCCCCCAUAUAUUUUAAGUCCACCCCCACACCAUACGGAACUCUGUCACUGUCCACCAAUGCCUGCCCAGAAAAAAAAAAACAGACCAUGCUGGUCCAGCUAACCCCCACCACUGUCUCUGAACCAAUCAUGCUGCAGCUGAAGGUCUGUCAGAUAACUAGGCCCCGCCCAGCCUUCUUUAGACUCCACCCCCCAUUGAUAAGACCAAUACAAGACACUCUUGGAAUGAAAACUUAUCACAGAGCAAUACCGCCCCACCCCCCCACCCACCCCACUCCCCAAAGUAACUCCCUAAUGGCAGGCUCUCCAAGCAACCCAUCAAGCAAAGACCCCCCCCAGACAGCCCUAAAAGCCCCAUGUCACCUUUUCCAGAAGCCCGAAGCUUUGGCCAUCACUCAACCAAGAGCACCAGAGAAGAAGAUAAAGAAGAAGAAGAAGAAAAAAAAGAACAAGCUGCAGAUCUCUGGCUCACUGUCGCCCCCCUGUGGUGUAUUCAGAGCAUGCUCAGUCUUAACUGUCGUCCACAGACGUCUGCUCUCUGUGAGUCUGCCACCAGCACUCGUUUCCUGUCCCUGCGUCCAUCCGUCCGCCCGCCCGUCCUCAUCGUUCGUGUUCCACAGUCACACUGGACAGCUGACAGGUGUGGGGGUAAGAGGAGGAGGGACCAGGGCAGUUGUUUUGGUUUUCUGCACCUUUUGUUGUCCACAGUGUAUGUCUGUGUGUAAGUGUGUGUGUGUGUGUGUGUGUGUGUGUGUGUGUGUGUGUGUGUGUGUAGUGGGAGGGAGUGCUAGAGUUUGUUAGAUCUGUGAGGUGUGUCGAUGCUCAUCAGACAGUGGGAGGGCCGUUUGACGCUGCCUGUCCUUAGCAAUGACGGCGAGUCCGACUCCCUCUCAGCCGAGAGUGAGAGCAAUGAUGAGCAAGACCACGCCCCCCCCCCCCCCCCCCGCUCUUCUCUCUCCCUGUUCUUCACCACCUACAUCGCUUAUUGUUGCUGUUUUUACCUCCAUCCAUCUCCUUAAGUAAAGUUGUGAUGAAAUGGUUCCUCAGAGGACAGUGGAGGGAACUAAAUUAGUUCUCGCUCACUGCUUGAUCCUCUGGACCUCGCCGGUCACUGCUGCCGUGGCUCUCAGAGGUGGACGGUCACUCCCUCACACACACUCUCACACACCUGUGUGUCGCAAACAUCUUAAUGUUCCCUUAACAUUGGAAGUGGCCCUCUGCCCCCUCCUAGACUGCCACGUUUAGUGCCAAAAACAAAUCCGACUGGUGAGGACUGUCACCCUGCUGGGACUGCUUGACAAGACAAACGGACGCUCCCAAGAGAACCAGAUCCGGAACUAGAACCCAAGAUUCUAAAACUGGAAUCAGUGGAACUGACAUCAGCAUGGAGAUGGACACGUAGGAGAAGAAGAAGAUGAAAAAGAAAACAAAGCAAAAGAAACAAAUAGAGAAAAAAAACAACAAAGCGCCCCCUUGUGGGUAGAUGUAAAUAGUGUACACUGUUACCUGAUGCGUUGUGAAAUAUCAGUGUGGUAUUUUAUUUUGUGACUAACUACUGUAACCAGUUUGUAGACAGGAAAACCUUCCUAUCUCACAGGGUCAGCUUUGAAGGCUUGUGAUUGGCUGGAGACUCCUCUACCCAUGAUUCCCAUGGGUUCUGUGGGCGGACCUUAGGCAAGCACCAUACCUGCACUGGCAGCCACUCUGCAACAAGUGAUUUCAUGACUUCAGCUGUUGUAAGCCUAAAUGUGUGUGUGUGUGUGUGUGUGUGUGUGUGUGUGUGUGUGUGUGUGUGUGUGUGUGUGUGUGUGUGUGUGUGUGUGUGUGUGUGUGUGUCUGUCUGUCUGUCUGUCUGUGUGUCUGUGUGCGUGCAUGUGUGCAUUCGUGCGUGAGCGCCCGUGCUUGCGUUUGUGUGUGAGUGUGUGUGUCGUGUGUUUGCAUGGCUGUAUGAUUUUCUUCUAAAAAAUUCAGUUUAUGCUAGAUUGCAUAAAGUAUGCGAGUUAUCCAUCUUUUUAAAAACAAAAAACAAAAAAGUGUAUUUGUUGCCUAUCCGUCUGUCUAACUAUCUAUCUUGCAAAUAUACAUUUUGUUCUAUUAUAUCAGAGCUAUAUCAUAAACCAAAAUACAAAUGUUGAAGAUAUAUAAAUCCUAUAUAAAAGUUUGCCAAACUGAGAUGCAUGUGCCAUAUGAAGAUAAAAAAGAGACGUAACGAGCAGAUUAAUUCUCUGCUGCUUAACGACGUGAAGAGGACGAUUCUGAUUGGUCGUGUUGAAUAGCAGGCUGUUGUGGGAAAAGAACUACUAGGAGAUCUAAAAGGAAACAAAAGGAACUCCGACGCCUGGAUCUGAACUCUAUGCAUUACUAACAUUAGGAGGAGAUAGUCAGUCGUAGCUAGAGCAUAGAGUGAGAUGAGUAUUUAUUUUAACGUGACUGAAUUGGUAGAUAAAUGCAUAUUCGUACAUUCAAAGUGCAUUUUUGACGGAAAGUGCAAUAGGUAAAAUCUGGAUUCACAUUUCACUUUGUUGUUUAUUUUUGUACACAUAUUUUUAUUAGAGGAUUUUAUUUUACCGUCGAUAUCACACAGAUGUUUAAUGUUUGUACUAUGACUUAAGGUGUUUUGAUCACUUGCACUUGUGGUAAAAUUAUUUAUAAAUAUAUAUAAAUAUAUAAAUAUAUAUAUAUAUAUGAAUCAUCUGAGAGAAAAUGGUAUAGUUUACAGAAUACAGUAUUAUGUUUUACAGAUGUAUGAAAUAUAUCCCAUGGGUCAUGAAUGCUGCUAGAUUAUUAUUAAUAGAUUAUCGUACUGUGUGUGAGUGUAUAUAGAAAAAUAUUUACAAAACUAUUUACAAAGAAAUAUUAAAAUAUCAGAUAAAGGGUAAACACAGAUACAUAUCAGACUAGGAGGUCUUGCCCUCUGUUCAGAGGUUCCCUUUGGACGGAGGCUGAUGAUUGCCUUAUGUGAGGAGUUGCUGCAAACUAGAAGUCAAAAUGGCCGUGUCAGUGAGUCCUCUUGCGAACGACCGGAAAGAGGACCUUAGCUGAGACUGACCUGAUCAAAUGAGGGUCUCAGACAGGCUAAAUGAGGUGAACUGAAUCAGCAGAUGUUUCUAGGGUCUGUGAACAGACUCAAGAGAGUUUGCGUCGUUAAGUCAAGUAGAACCAGUAAGGGUAUUUUUUUUGUGUGACUUGCCUGAAUUCCUUUGAGGUCUUAAGAACACUAUUGUUUAUGGGCUAAUUCUUCCUCGUGAAUGGAAACCGUUUGUGUAAACCUGCCAAAUUCUGAACUUAGGGCUAGCUGCUUUCCUCGGACUAGCUUGUCUUGCUUCAGGCAUGGUCUGCAGACCAAAUCUGAGCUCCAAGGGACCAACUUAUCAGCCAGCGCACGGAUUUGCCAGCAACAUGGUGAUGCCCUUAUGCAUGAACUUAACUGAGUCGGCCAUCUCUGUUCUGUUAUUUAUUCCCUCAACUUCCUCACUGUUUUAAACUCUAACCUUAUAUUCGGAUCAGUGGUUUGGGGGGCUUUUUGUCUUCAGCGUCAAAGCUGAAGCACUCAGGCAAGUUAAACUUGUCUUACUGUGAACCAAGUCAGUGUUGCUGACUAAAGACAUAUGGCUUUUUUGACGGUGAAAAACUAGUGCACAUAUGUGUUUCUUGUGUGUGUGUAUGUGUGUGCAUCCCACAAUGGGAGCUCACACAAUUGGUUUAAAAAAAAAAAAAAUAUCAUAGCAUGCUUGAAAUCAAAGCGGAGGACAAACUGAUUAUGGAGACCCUGCACAGACUUCUCUCUUAGGGCAAUCAGCACUUAAAAAUGACCUUUCUCCCGAGCUGAAUGAAGUUAAGGUUUAAGGUUUUAUUUAUUACCUGACAAUGAUAUUGAUCCAAUAUCAGAGCAUCGCCUGCGUUGACUGAGCCUCACUUCGUCUCAAGAGUAGACACCUACAGGUGUGAUGUGGGGCCAAAGGCUCCUCACUUUGUGUUUCUGUAUUUUAUUAUCUUCCUGUUUGCAUGGUCUCUGUGGGGUAUAUUUGUUUAAAGCUGUGUGUAGCUCGUGGUGGGCCAUUAGCAGAAAAGGCAGAGGCCAGUGGGGAGAAAACAUCUCGCUUUGCCGGUGUGGUGAUGUGCCAUUCUAAAAAAAAAACACCGUGGUGUAGACAGUUGCAGAUGCACUCUAUGUCCCCAGCAAAAACAAAAAACAAAAAGAAAAUAAAAGAGUACAUGGUAUUGUAACUGUGGUGUUUUUAAUAUAAAUAGAUUCACGUUACACUAGUAGGGGAAUCUGUGUGGUGAAUGAAUGACUCCUAGACGUGUUUCUCUUAGCUUUGGAUGUACAGUGCUACUGCUUUCAGGCACUGUAGCCAAUUUUUGUUGUGUGGUUAUACUGUUUUUGAGUACCAAAUGCGUGGUCUUCUUUUUUUUUUUCUCAAUGUUGUGUGCAAUACUGAUUUUCACUUACUGCCUGAAGAAUAAAGAAGUGUAUGUUUUAUUUAUAUUUGUUGAGUAGAUUGUUCACUGAGUUUGACGUUGUCAUGGGAACAUCAGAUAGCAAUGGUCCCUUUUUGUCUUCUAAUGUGCGAAUGCUCAUGACCCUACCUGUCACCAAGCUCUUUUGUUUCAUCUGAAAUGAACGUCACGUCUGUUUAGUAGUGGCUAGCUGGAAAAGCACUUUAUACAGCCGAGAGCUAAGAUUCCUUGUAUACAAAGAUGAGGAGGGCCACAGUUUAAUGCUGUUUUAGUGAGAGUCAAAAACUGGAUCAGUAAAUCGUUGAUCCAUACCUCCCUCUGCUGGUGAAAAGGAACAUUGCCGCUAAGUGGAGGUGAAUCUGCAUGCCAAGCUUGACUUGGGUUUGUGAUUUCAACAAAACUGUACUCGGCCCUCCAUUUGCGGGCAGACUUCAAACCGUCCCCUACUCACUAGGAGCCGAGAGCUGACUUUGAGAUGCAUCUGGUGUAUCCACAUCAGACCUGAGCCAGAUGUGUUCAAAGGUCAGCUAAUUGGGGGCAUAUACUACCUGAUUAUUGACUUUCCUCUUAUGCUUAAGGGCAUAACAGUGUUUUUCUUUGGCAUGCAUGGCAAACUUUUUUUCCAUUUACCAAAUUUAUUAAUAAUAGUGAUGUGAAAUUAUCGUAUGUGUCACUGAAUUUGUUCUUUGACCACCUGUAAUCCCCCUAUACUCCCAACACUGUCUCCCUCCCUCCCUCCUUCCCUCCCUCCCGCUCACUAAACCCCUUUAUCUCUCUCUAAAGACCAGUUGUGUGAAUGCAGCAGCAUACCUGAAUUUUUGAUCAAAGAUUUUAAACAAGCGCUUCCACGUCUGGGCGGGGUUCUAGAGGGACUCUUUUGGAGCUGUCAUUCCUCAACCAUGUUUUACCCUUAGAAGGACCAAUCUCACAAUAUACAAUAAAAACAGGAUGCAAUCUUUCCAACAGGACUGCAGAAAUGAAAAAUGUUAUGAAACAAAAACAUUUAAUGAGCCCUCUUUAAAAUAAGUAACUCAUUUUAUGAUACUUUUGUUGCCAUUUAUAAGGGACUAGCCCUGUAUUUACAUCCCAGUUUAGAAUACUCUGAAGGGCUGUCGAGAAUGUUUGUGUCUCCCAUAGACUUUAUACCUACACCUCCCCCUGCUAGUAGUCUACUUCAGAUGAAAUUGAACUAUCAGCGGCGAACAACAAUCAUGUUCAAUUGCAUGCUCUCACGUCCCCUGCAUCUAAAGAUGUGCCUCAGUUGUUAUUUACGCACGAGCCCCGGAACUGUCAACUCAUAAACACAUUACACGCAUUUGCAGAGCUCAGCAGGCCUAUCCAUCCUCUCACACACUUGCUCGCUCUCCCUGCGUUGCUAUGACAACACUGAUGCAGUUCCCAUAGAACCCCGUCCAGCCUGAUCGUGAUUCAACGCAUGCACAUAACCUGCGGAAAUGUUGUGUUUAGAUAUAACUGUUAUUGACAAUGUUUAGUGGUAUCCAGUGUAUUAUUCAUGUUUUUCCACCGAUCUGCAUUUUAUUUCUUGAGCAGUAUGAAGCUGUCAUUGUGUUGGGCACAUUUUCUUAACAUGGUCAAUCAGUGUUAUCUAGGAUGGGGAAAGGUGUUUACAUUGGUUUUUAUUAUGUUAUGUUUGAUCCAUAGAGUUGUAUUUAUUUAGUCUCGAAACACACAUUUUACCUUCAGAUAAACUUACCAAAGCUUCUUUAGUUAUCUUCUCACUUGUAUGAAAAUCUCAUUUCAAAGAAUUAAGAUCAAAUUUGAGUGUGAUUUGAUUUAGCAGCAGUAUUUGUUUCCAGUAUUAUCCAUGCCUUAAACUAUUGCUGGAAUUGGCAGCUACCUACAAACACAAGUGCUUUCAACACUUCACCAUUCGGGCCUAUUUUCAGUUCAAAUGGCCAUUCAAGUAUCAAUUUCAAAAUGUAAACACAAACUCAAAACACACUUAUAACCCCGAGUCUAAGAUAUGUAGCAUUAUCUACACCAUUUAAAUCCGUAGUGAAAUGUAGACGUGAAAUUGCAUUGGCCAUGCAUAAAAACAAAACAAGUUGUAGGUUACUUGUUUGUGCAACUGCACAAUCCUCAACAAAAAAAAGUGAAAGAACUUGAAGCUUCAACAGACAUUCCUAUUUGUUUUUAAUUCUUUUGAACGAAGAAAAAGUUAAGUAUGAAUGUUUUACACAAAGUGGAUGUAUAGUAAAUGCUCAAGAACAGUUUUCCCACCGAGUAAACAUCUUCCCCCCCCCCACCCCCAUCCCCCCCAACAUCCUCCACUGCUUUUUGGCAAGCUCCAAGUGACGAGUAGUCUGCUGAACAUAUGUUAGUGUUUUUUUCUGUGUUAAACCUUGUGUGAGGGCGUGUAUGUGGGUGCGUGUGUACGAAUAAGUGCACUCCUGAAUGAUUUUGGGGGGUGGGGGGGUGGGUGAGG